AUGCCUCAGAAAGACGUUGCCGCAUCUUUCACAAAUUACCUCCGGAAGGCCUCCAAACUCUCGUGUCCCUUCCCAAAUUGCGAGGACCAAUUUCCUGCUAUUGAUGAUAGGAUACGAAAUCAUCUGCAAACACGUCAUCAGGAUCUCCUAGAGCAAAGGGACAUUUCUUUACUUAUUCAAGAGGUUAGAGCCGGUGGCACUGUGGCCCCGAGAAGGGUAACGACUGACCUGUCUCAACAACUGAGCACUUCCCAAGACCCAGGGGGUGGGCCGGCGGAUCCGCCAGGGGAUAAUGGGGAGGGGAAUGAUGUAAGCCCAUAUAAGAGACGUAAAUCUCCUGUUUCGUCAAUUAGGGGUCAGCCUCGGCCUAGGUCCGCGAGCCCUCUUAGACGAUCUAGAGCCCGGCCUCAGCCUCCACCUACCCCUAAUGAUCCCGAAUUUACAAGAGCCCCGCAAUUGGGAACGCUUUGGAGCCCGGACGAUAGCGCUUCAUCACGACCGAAGGCCCCUCCCCCUUCAACCUCAAGACAACCUAGGAAUGUUAGCCAGUCUAGAAGUCGGACGGAUACUGCCGAGGAGGACCCUGAAUCUCUUAAACUAAUUAAACAACCUGAAACCCGGCCUAUUAGUCAAGAACAGUUGAUUGCUGAGGUUAAAGGAAUAUACGCAGGACUUGUUAUGGUGGAAUCUAAGUGUAUAGAGGUCGACAACGCCCAGUCAACGCAAAACGAGACGAAACUCAACAACGAGCAGUGGCAAGCGUUAAUAGCCCUACACAGGACGCUGCUUCAUGAGCAUCACGAUUUUUUUCUCGCCUCGCAACAUCCGUCAGCUAGCCAGGCGCUGAGACGGUUAGCGUCUAAAUAUGCCAUGCCGGCGAGAAUGUGGAGGCAUGGCAUACAUUCCUUCCUCGAGCUGCUACGCCAUCGCCUACCUCAUUCUUUAGAGCAUAUGCUUACCUUCAUCUACUUGGCGUAUUCGAUGAUGGCACUUUUAUAUGAAACAGUUCCCGCUUUUGAGGAUACAUGGAUAGAGUGCUUGGGAGAUUUGGGAAGAUAUAGAAUGGCGAUUGAAGACGAUGAUAUCCGGGACAGAGAAGUUUGGACAUCCGUGUCUCGGCACUGGUACUCGAAAGCGUCUGAUAAGGCGCCUACUACGGGAAGACUUUAUCAUCAUCUCGCAAUCCUUGCCAGACCGAAUCCCCUUCAACAGCUAUAUUAUUACACCAAAUCUCUCUGCGUGCCCAUUCCAUUUAGCUCAGCACGGGAGUCGAUUAUGACCCUAUUCGACCCUAUUCUGGACCCGACUAGUAUUCAGCAUUCUCGGUUGGUCGCAAUUGAUGUGGCCUUCGUAAAGGCGCAUGGGAUCUUGUUUAGCAAUAAAUACGCCGACGAAUUCCUUCCGACAGUUGACAGGUUCUGUAGUAUGCUAGAUAACCAUAUUGGCCGAACCACUAGGAAGUGGAUGGAAUCAGGCUACUAUAUCGCUAUCUCGAACUGCUGUGGCCUUUUAUCAUACGGCCAAGAGGACAAUAUCCUUCUAAAGGGAUUCCGCCCCCACGCGGAAGACACAACCGAGCUGACUACUGAAAACCCUCUAGCCUUGUACAAGCCAAGUAGGACAGAAGAGGGUGCGCUAAGACUCUUUGAAGGCACCUGUGACGUCGUCUUGCGCAGAUUAGGCGACCUUAAUACCCUCCCGUUUCUUCACGUCAUCAUGGUUUUCAUAUUUCACCUCACAUAUUACCUAAGUGCAAUGUCCUUCAUUGAGAAGACAAUCCCCUGGAAACUAAUCUCCCUCCAACUCAACUCCCUGCUCCUCUCCUAUAGAGAACAUCAUAGAAUACAUGAUGAACAGUUCCCUAGACAGGACAAAGAACUUGCCCCUCGUCCGCUGCCAGAGGAUUUUGCCAUGAAGGGCCUUGUCUGGGUAGAUAAGUACUUUCCAGUAGAUUGGUUCAGCAACGAUAAGAUCGACGACGAUGAGAAGUAUUUUGAAGUAGCCUCUAUGACAGACGAUCGCAAGGAGAGAAUCCUAUGGCUGGCUUGUCGAAUUGCGAAGCUCGGCAAGUGGCUCACUUACGAUGAGACGUUACACCAGUUCGACGUUGUUCCCGAAUACGAAAAGGAGAUAGCAAAUAUCGCGAAAGACGCGGACAUGAACAUCUCCGACCUUGACCCGGUUUCCGGUAGCUCUACGUUCAACUCGGCGGCCGCUGCGGGGAACGCAGUAUCCGAAAAAGACGAUGAAGAUAUGGUCGAUGUCGACGAAAUGCUGGCCUAUAAGCCGAUAAUUCGCCAAUGA